AUGGCAUCAAAUAGUACUUUCGUACAAGCAGCGAUUCCGCGCUUUGAUGGUCAUUAUGACCAUUGGAGCAUGCUAAUGGAGAAUUUCUUACGGUCAAAUGAGUAUUGGCCAAUUGUCGAGGACGGGAUCAACACUCCGGCGAAAGGCGAAACUUUGACGAAUGCUCAAAAGGCAGAAUUGGAAGCAAAAAAGUUGAAAGAUCUGAAAGCGAAGAACUAUCUCUUUCAGGCUAUCGAUCGUCCCAUCCUAGAAACUAUUCUUUGCAAAGAAACUUCUAAGGAUAUUUGGGAUUCUAUGAAGAAAAAAUAUCAAGGCACUACCAGAGUAAAGCGUGCACAGCUUCAAGCCUUGAGAAGGGAUUUUGAGACCUUACAGAGGAAGAAAGGAGAGUCUGUAAUGAGUUAUUGUGCUAGAGCAAUGGAGAUCAGGAACAAAAUGCGAUUCUAUGGCGAGAAGAUGAAUGAUGUCAUAAUUGUUGAGAAGAUACUACGCUCUUUGACGCCGAAGUAUGAUUAUGUCGUUUGCUCCAUUGAAGAGUCAAAAGAUAUAGAUGAGUUGUCGCUUGACGAAUUGCAAAGUUCCUUACUAGUGCAUGAACAAAAGAUGAAUCACAAUUCAACUUCUGAAGAGCAGGCCCUGAAAGCUUCUACUUCUAUUCCUUCCAAUUAUAGAGGAAAAGGUAGAGGUAGAGGAAGAGGAAAAGGGAGAGGAGACCAUGGAAACAAAGAUGGAGGCAGAAAUUUUAAGGUCAAUGAUGACUACGACAAAGGCCAAGGAAAGAAUUUUGACAAAUCAAAGGUAGAAUGUUAUCGAUGUCAUAAAGUUGGUCAUUAUCAAUUCGAAUGUUAUACUAGGUUACCUAAUGAGAAGGACGAGAAGUCAAAUUUUGUUGAAAGUAAGGAAACUGAGACCUUGUUGAUGGCAACACAAGCACAUGAAGAACCUUUGCAAGAUGUUUGGUAUCUGGACACAGGUUGCAGUAAUCACAUGAGUGGGAGUAAGUCUUGCUUUUCUUAUUUAAAUGAAGGCUUUCGUUCUAAAGUUAGUUUUGGUGAUUGUUUUACUGUGGAUGCAAUGGGAAAAUGUGAUAUUAAAAUUAAAGCCAAGAAUGAUUUUGAAGAAAUAAUAUCAAAUGUGUUAUAUGUUCUCGCUCUAAAAAGCAAUUUAUUGAGUGUUGGACAGUUGCAAGAGAAAGGGUAUUUUAUUCUCAUUGGAAAAGGUGUUUGUGAGAUUUCUAGUCCUACUAGAGGAGCUAUUGUUGUUGUGAAAAUGAAUUCAAACAGGUUAUUUCUCUUGAACAUUGAGAGUAUUAAAUCAUGUCUGAAGGCGGAAGUGAAAGAUUCUUCCUGA